GUUGAAGACUCCCGAGGACGACCGCGGCGGCGGCUUCGUCGCCUCUGACGUCACCGGCGCUUCAUAAUUCCCAUUCAUUCUCACGGCCAUCGACUAACGAGCACACCCCUUCUUUCUCACCUAUGUCUCUUGUUCAUUAUUGACAAAAUACUUCCAUUCAUAUUCUGCCUCAAAUUUAAAAAAAAAAAUAUUUGUUACGUGUUCACAGCAUUACUACGUUGCUUCACUGAUCAGGAUACGAUGAAAAAUUGUCGUGAGACGGCAUCAGCCGCCUUCCUUAUCUUGGUAGUAUGUUCUACCAUGCAGCAGAGCUUCGGAUGGCCGUUCCCCGGCUUUUUCGACUAUGCGCCCACACCUGCUUCGUCAUACACAUAUUCCGUUUCAAUGACGCCCAACAACACAUCAUCCAACGAUACCUGUUCGACGGUAACAACAUCAACCGUAACAGUCACCGCAACAGAUUCGACCCCGACAGUAACCUCAACCGUUACGUCGAGCAAUUCAACGGCAACCGUCACCUCGACCCCUCCUCAGAAUACAACAACUAUAACAGUAACGGUAACAAAUACAACGACGGUAACGGCGCCGGCGAAUACAACGACCGUAACCACGACUCAACCCGGAAAUACAACAACUGUAACAUCGACUCAGCCUCAGAAUACAACAACUGUAACGUCAGUUGUAACUAGCACCAUAACGUCGACCCCACCCCCAGCUAUGAUUACAGUGACUGCCACUACAACAGCCACGCUUACGGAUACUUCAACCACAACCGUAACAUCAACCGCAACUGCAGACACAGUGACCGUCAAUUCAACGGUAACACAAACAGAAACACAAACAGUGACUCCAUCUCCGGUCACCGUAAAUAUGACCUCAACCUUAACAACAACAGAAACGGUGACAUCGACUCCACCUCCGAGCACCGUAAAUAUGACCUUAACCGCAACAACAACACAAACGGUGACACAAACAGUGACUCCACCUACGGUCACCGUAAAUAUGACCUCAACCUUAACAACAACAGAAACGGUGACAACGACUCCACCUCCGAGCACCGUAAGUGUGACCACAACAGUGACAACACCUUCAACCGUGACGACCACUGAAACUCAAACUUGCACGUGUCCACCACCGGGCACGGUAACUUCAAGUGAGACCAUAACGGUGACUCCACCGCCAGAGACGGUAACUCAGACGACGACUUUGUCCGCGACUCCGUCAACUGUAAAUGUCACAAGGACGAUAACAACGACUCCAGCUCCAGUCACUUCCACAAUAACAUCUACUAGGAGUACAGUUUCAACUACAACGGUAACCGUAACCACAACCACAACCAGGAGAAACUAACCCGGCUGUAACCAAACCGUUGUCCACGAGAAUGGAGCCGUAACUAGGAUCCUGUGACGUCACGCUAAUAGAUGAAACUCGGCCGCGAUUUAACAUGUGUUCUUUUGGGAGAACGCAUGACACAUGUCAUUUUGUGCUAAUAUCUUUUCAGGGAUUGAUCUGAUGCAAACAUUCAUAAAAACAUUUUUAAAAGAGGAUAAAAUUUCACAAAUGAAAACUGCCUAGUUCAUAAAUUACAUUGUCUGAUAAUUGAGGAAAUAAAAGCUAAAUACGACUAAAUACCGAAAAUCGUUACCCCACUAAGAUUCAAACCGCCGCUCAUGCAACUUCGGCCGAUCGACGGCGGCUCUGAUUGGUUGUCAACACGGCGAUUACUCUACUAGUUUGACGUCACGAAACCGAGUAGUUACGGCCUCCCCAUUCUCGUAGGCAACGACCGAACUUAACUGAAACUGUCACCAGAGCUAAUCUGUCGUGUUAAGGAAGAACGUCGUAUGGACA